GCAGUCGUCAGGGAGGACUGAGAGGGUUCCUGGCUGGAUUCUGGCCUGCGGGCCAGGCUCCUGUUAGAUCAGCGCCGGAGGUGGAGGUGGGAGACGGGUGCCUUUUGUAUAUUUUGGAAAAAAUUCUGCUGAAGAUACUAAAGAAACGACAGCCCUUUUACUGACAAAUCAGAAGGAAAUAAUCUUCUAUCCACUUAGGAUUGGAAGGCCAGCUCAUUCUUAGAGUCUUCUGAAACAAAAUUAGAAUGGAUUGGGGAGAUGAAUUUCCCCAUAAUUCUUUUGACCUACAUUGUUUGUUAAAUUCAUUUCCUGGAGACUUGGAGUUUCAGCAGAUCUUCAGUGACAUUGAUGAACAGAUAGAACAAAAUGGGACAAGCAUAGAACACUGCAUUAAAGAAAUACAGUCCGAAGUUAACAAAGAAUGUCCAGAUGUGCAGCUGCAAACAACAACUGACUGUUUUGAAUGGCUAACUAACUAUAAUUAUAAUUCAUCUAAGUCACCUUCUACUUCCCAUGGAGAUUUGAUAAAAUUUCUCAAAACACUGCAAGAUUUGUUGAAGAAUGAACAAAAUCAAGAAGAAAUGAUAUUGGAUUUACUUUGGAGCCUCUCCUGCCAGAGCAGUGUUUCAUUUCCAUCAACGCUAAGUGGACCAUCUUUCCAUUUGCUCUCUAGGACCUCUCUUCAUUCUGUUGAAGAUCAUUCUUCUGUGGAUGUAAAGUCUAUAUGGGAUGAUAUAAGGCUGCAUCUUCGACGCUUCUUAGUGAGCAAAUUACAAAGUCAUAAUGAAAUAAACAAUUCACAGCAAAAGAUUUCGUUAAAAAAUCAGUGCAUACAACAGCUCUUGUUUCUUUAUCCAGAAUCUGAAGUUAUAAGCAAGUAUCAAAACAUACAGAAUAAACUGUUGGCUACACUUCUGGAGAACUGCUUUCCUUCUUACAGCAGAGAAUCAAAUUUAGACUUAAUGGUCCAUGGAUGCCAAAGUACAAUGCUUAAGUUAUACUCAAUGAUAAAAGAGGAUUUUAACACACUGUGUGAAAUUUUAGCUCCAUCCUCAACAGUGAAAUUCAUUAAAGAAACUUACCUGGAUACUGUUACAGAAGAAAUGGCAAAAUUUCUUGCAAAUUUUUGUGAGCUGCAGUUCAAAGAAAGUGCUGCCCGUGUGAUUAAAACAAGCAAGAGCUCCAGCAGGCAUAGAGGAGCAGUGCAUGCUUUGGUUACUCCUGAGUGCCCAGAGAAAGGAAGAAACGUUUUCCUCUCCUUAAAUGAACUCAAAUUCUUAUCAGAGCUCGUAAAAUCCUUUUUGAAGCUGGAAAAAAAUGUUCAAGAAUUGUUAGAAGAAAUGUUUUUAUUGCUUAAGGUACCCAGGAAUACUUCAGGAAUUUUGGACAUAUCCAAUAGAGCAGCUGUAAUAGAGAAACAUAGAACAAAUGAAACCAGUGUCCCUUCAGAACAACUGCUACCAGUAAAAGAGGCUACUUCACUAGAUUUUGGCUGGAGAAAUGCAUUUAAAGAAGUGUCUCUUCCCAUGGCACAUUGUGUAACAACAGCAAUUGAAGAUUUUUCUAUAAACAUUCUCCAACAGGAACAGGAUGACAGGUCUUCAGCUGUGACCUAUGCUAUAAACCUUGUAAAUGUCCAACAAGUUUGGCAAGAGAGCCAUGUGGUUCCUGAGGAGGACCAACCAAAGAAAAUUGCAAAGUUUUGUUCUGACAUCAUGGAAAAACUUGACACAAUGCUUCCACUGGCUCUGGCAUGCAGAGAUGAUUCUUUUCAGGAAAUUAGAGCAAACUUUGCGGAGGCCUGUUGUAAAGUGGCAACAGCUGUCCUGGAGAGACUGCAAGAGAGAGGCAAGGAGGUUCCUUCCAAAGCACCCCUGAAAAACUUACACACCCUGCUCUCCACGGCAGUAUAUGUCUUCCAGCAUUUUAUGCAAUACGAUAAUUUGAUGAAAGAAAAUACUAAGAAACCCAUAUUUCUGGUGCCUGUCCAACGAUAUCAGGAAUUCAUCAACACGCUACAGUUUCAGGUUACGGACUACUGCGUCAGAGUUUGUGCUACAAGCAUUUUACAGGAUGCUGAGAGCCACCACUGGAACGACUACAAAGCUUUUUAUGAGGGGGAGAGAUGCUCCUUCUCACUCCAGAUGUGGCAUUAUUUCUUCUGGGCCCUUCAUCACGAUCUCUGGACCAUUCUGCCCCCUAAGUUAGCCCAGGAGAUUCUAACAGAAGUUCUGGAAAAAUCUUUGGGUCUGCUGGCCUGCAGGUAUGCUCGGGCCCAUCCAAGUUAUAAAAGAACUCCACAGAUAAGACUUGAUGUCACAGCAAUUUUAAUAUGCACUGAGAACAUGUUAUGGUCAGUUUGCACAUCUGUAAAAAAACUUUUGAAUCCUCAUGAGUAUACAGAUGAUAAAAUUUUUAAAAUUCAUACCCAUUGUAAUAAUCUGUUUACAAUGUUGGUCAUUUUGACUUCACCAUUAACUGAAUUGUAUCAGACCUUCCAGCAUGGCGUGGAUGAUCCUGCUCCAGGUUCCAAACCACUUUUCAAGCAGCCAUUACACUGGUUUUCCUGCAUAUCCCAUUUCCACCCUUCUUUACUCAGGACUCCAUCAGCUGGACGACUGACAAUUGAGGGUCAAUUGAAACUGCUCUUAUCCCAGCCAAGUUGUAAUUGGAACCUGCUUCUGGAAACCCUACUGCAUCAUGAUGGCAUUUUACUGAGAAUCUUGCUGAAGGGCUCAAAAUGCACCAUUCAAGAACAAGGUUUUGAUACAGAAAAUAAUCUGAACCAAAUACCCAGCUUGAUGGAAGCCAUCUUUAAAGUAUUAUACUAUUGCACUUUUUCUCCACAAACCUUUGGAAAUAUUUUUGUGAGCUACAUGGAAGAAGAACAAUUAUGGAACUUUUUAUACAAUAUUCCAGUGUCAACAUGCAUGGAGUCCGAGCUAGACAUCAUCCGAUGCUUGAGACUGGCACUGACUGAUGCUGUGAAGGACAUUGUACAGCAGAUCAUAUCUGUGAUGAACUCUGGGAGAAACUUUGAGACAAACCUAAACAAGCACAGUGUUCCUGAACAUUUGCGUGACAGCAUUCCAAAAGAAUGGAAUUAUAUUCCAAAAGAAAUCAAAAAGAAAGAAUCAAGCAAAGGCUUCACAAGGCUUGCUGCUCAGGCAGUAUCUAUUGUAAUCAGCAAGUUACCUACGGUGAUUGCAUGUUUGCCUCCCCCAAUUAAAUACUUCUUUUUUCUGUCUGAGAGAAAAAUGUCAAAAAACUUUGUUGACUUGAAGAAAGCUAGCCUGCUUGUCUGGAACUUGAUUGUAAUUAUACGUCGGAUAUUUGAGGAUGGAAACACUGUGGAACUUUUAACAGGUGCCUCCCUUGACAGAUGGAGUAAAGAGAAACUCAGUUUAAUCUCUGUGUAUUUGGAAAGCAUCUUGGGAGAGCAGACAAGUAGCCCUAAUCAAAUGACCCAAAAGGUCAUACAGAGCAUUGAGCAGCAAAAACCCAACUGGAUUGAAUGCCAAUUGCUGAAAGCAAGGAAAUUGAGCACUGAAUGUGCAUUUAUGACAAUAGAGAAAAGUACAGCCUUAGAAGAAGGAGAUAUUGCUCUUGAACUGACUGAGCAGAAAAUAAACAUGAUGGUCCUGGAUAUCUGCCACAAACCAGGUGGCAGCGAGUACCUGAGGCAAAUUUAUCACAUCAUGCGGCUCAAUGAGGAGUAUUUAAAAGAACAGCUGUUUUCUAUGAAUGGUUCAGAGGAAAAGCCAUUACCCAUCAGACCUUUGAAAACAACCUUGAGGAGUGUGGAAGAUCAGCCUUCUGCCUUUAACCCUUUCCAUGUGUACAAGGUGUUUAGUGAAAACAUGCUAGAUCAGUCAGCCAUUGCAAAAUGGAACUGGAAUUGGUCAAACUUGCUGCCAAAUUACCUGGGACUCGAUAAGACGACCUUCAGUGUGCUGCUCAAAAACAGGGCUCAUUGAAGAGGAUUGAUGAGUCAUAACCUCGGGCUCCAGAUGGUUGGUUUUUACAAAGAAAAGCAACUGCAUAGCAUCUCCUUUUUUCAACUUCCUUUCUGAGAUAUUGCCAGUGUUAUUUCCUACGUCUCAAAUCCCCCUUUUUCAUCUCAUCAUUCUGUCCAUUGUUGAAGGUUCAAAGCCAAGUGUCUCCAUGAAGCCUUUCCCAAACACACUUGCACCACGGGUAUCUCUUUCACAGACAGUGUAGCACUGAAUGUACCACUCAUUUUGGAUUUGAUAUGUGCAUCUUUGGACUUUUAUUUAACCAGAACUGCAUGUUUGUUUCAUCCCACCAGUGAUUUGUGUAUCCAGUUGCAGCAAACCCCAUCUCUUUUAUCCUGUAAUCCUCACUGCCCUGAACAGAACACUGGACACUGGACACUGAACAGCUGGAAGUAAUCUCUUCCUCCUCUGAAUGCUCAUACCACUUCCUUUGCACCAUUUCUGUGACCCUUAUCACUUCAUACUUUGUGUUGCAGUUAUUUAAGAAUGUGUUUUUUAUCUCAGGUAAAAUGGAAAUUCCUUGGGAGCAGAACUGUGUCUUAUGCAUCUUUAUAUACCACACUACCAUCACUGAAACAACCACAUUUAGAACCAAGUUUUCAAUUAAAUUAUUCAGCAAUUAACUAGAAUUUAUCAAAUACCUUGGUGC